CCGCACUGGCGCGAUGCUCAACUGGGCGGAUCCAAACACUAAUCUGCACUUCAUGGGCGUCUUCUUUAACGAAGCAACAGAGACGUACAUGUCCAGAAACAAAACGACUCUUUUUGCUUAGCGUUUACUUAUUCGUUUUGUUUAUUACAAGGCUUUAGCACAAUUCAGCAGUAAUGGCCAUAGACGCCCCUGUUAUUUUGUCGGCUCUUUUCUUUACAAUUAUUGCCAUUAUCAUCGCAUCGGCGUUUUUAGCUAGGAAAUCUGUAUCAAAUAAACCUGAACCGAACCAGCAAGAGACAAAACCAGAAGAGGCAGCUGAGUACUACCAGCCCAAAGCGGAGGCAGACACAUCGGCACCAGUCAAGGAGAAAAUAGUUGUUACAGAAGUUAAAAAAGAAGACCCUGUUGCUAUAGAGGAAAUGGGGCUCGCAGAUGAACCCGCACUGGCUGAAGAUGAAGAUUGCCCAGUACAAGAAGCACACAUGCAGGCUGCAGCAGUGUUUGAAGUAGCCUCUGACAAGGAGGUCAUUCGUGCUCCCGACCCAGUGGACGUGUUCACUUCCGAGCCUGUGCUUGAGCCUCUAGAAGUGCCAUCAUCAAAGCCAGUACCUGAACGAAUGCCAGUAGACACAAUUCCAGAACUAAUUUUUGAAUCAGUGCCUGUGCAGGUUUCAGAACCCCCAGUCUCAGAACUCGAACAUGAGCCAGUCCAAGAACUUGCCACUGAAGUAGAUUCUGAACAUGCUUCUGGGCUGACUUUAGAACUUGCUCCUGAACCAGUUUCAGAGACUUCCUCUGAAACAAUUUCAGAAUCCAUCCCAGAGCAAGUCUUAGAAGCCAUCACUGAGCAGGUUUCAGAAGACAUCUCCGAGCAGGUUUCAGAAGACACCUCCGAGCCGAUUUUAGAACCCAGUGCUGAGCAGAUUUCAGAAGCAGUCCCAGAGCCUACUUUAGAGGUCUCACCGGAGCUCACACCGGUUCCAGAGGUUACAGUGCAUAGUGAGACAGCAGCUCCCCCAGUGGAAGCUGAAGGGGAGGCUCCUAGUUUCAAAUAUGGCAAGAAAAGGACCACUAAAUUUGAGAAGAGGUUGAGCAAGGAAGAGCUGCAGGAGGAACAGAGGGUUCAACGGGAGCAACUAUCUGCCAUAUUCAAGCUUCUGAGGGAUAACCAUGAAACAUUUGGCGAGGUGACUGAGGAAGACAUAGAAGAGCAACUCAAACUGUAUACAUACUAGCAUAAGGCAAGACUCACAGUGUACUAAUUAUACUAUCUGCAGGGAAACCACGCUGAGUGCUAGCAAGUUUCUCAAUGUUAUCUUCUUCAGGUUUCGUAUUUAUAUUCAGAUUAAACAUUUUGCAUUGCUGGUCCUGUUUGCACAAAGCUCUAGAGAUGUAUAGGGCAGUAAUUCUCAUACAGAUCUACCAAUACUGGUUCCAUAAACAAUUGAUUAUAUUCCUUUUGAUUCUUCUGCACACUCCCAUUCUAAACAGGAAGUAUAUUCAUCCUAAGACUUCCACUGUGAUACAUGUAUGUGGCCUUUUCAUACAACCCUGCAUGACAUGAAUUUGCUUUGUUAAUACACUAUAUAAGAGCCUGUUUGAAAUCUGAUGUUAAUGGCUAAAGGAUAAUAGAACUGUCUCUAAGUGAAUCAGCAUAUUAAUGUCACUCUAAAUUUGUAGUUUUAAUGUGAUAAGCAGUUAUGUGCAAGGAAACAAAUUUUUCUUCACAGACUGUACCUACUUAUUACUGGUGAUUUUACAGUUAUUCAUUGGCUAAAGCUGCAUACUUCAGGAAUUGUA